AUGUCGUCGUCACGCCGGCGUGGUGGUGCGGGAGAGAGCGAGGCCAAGCAGCGGCGACGGCGACAGCAGCAGCGGCAGCAGCACGAGCUGGCUACAGGCGGGCUCUCGGAGCGAGUGCUGAAGCUGCGGUCGGGCCAUUAUGAUCUGUCGACGGUGCGGGUGCUCAAGCUGGCGAAUCUCGGCCUGCGGUCAACAACAGGCAUUGCUGCCUGCCCCAACGUGGAGGAGCUAUUUCUCGCCGGCAACUCGCUCACCUCGCUCGACCAGGCCGAAGCGCUGACCAAGCUCCGCAUCCUCGACGUCUCGCACAACAGGUUCACCUCGCUCGACUUUCUUCCGCCUCGUGUCCUCGAGCUUCUCCGCGAGCUUUAUGUGGCGGGAAAUGGCGUUGAAGGUCUCGAUGCGCUCGACGUCCUCGCCCCGGCUUUCCGUCUUGUCCGGCUGGAUCUCGAGCGGCUCGGCGGCGAGAGUCCAAACCCGGUCUGCCGCGAGCCGGGCUAUCAGCCACGAGUGCGGGCCAUUCUUCCGCACCUGCGGGUACUGGACGGGCAGCGGCUCAAGUUUGCAGCGGUGUACAAGACGACCACGCUCGCUGACCUCUUCCCCGACGGCGAGAUCCUCGACCUGCCCGAGAUCUCGCAGCCGUGGCUCCCGGACGACUACUUUCCGCCUGUCGACUCGCUCACUCCCGACGACGCCGAUGCCAUUGUCAACGCGCAUCUCGGUCCUGCGGCGCUCGAGGCCGAGCUCAACAAGCUGUACUCGCUCUCGCAGGACGCCCAAGCCAUGAUCGACGUCGCCGCCGCACAGCUCGACCUCGACCCGGACGCGCUUGGGUGGCUGGAGUUGGUCGACGGCGAGCAGGCGGCCGCAGAUGGACCGCCAGUCCCGGACCUCCUCCGCCUGGUCACCUUCAACAUCUGGUUCGAGCCGCUCGAGGCCGAGCUGCGGAUGGCUGGUUUGAUUGAUGCGAUGCUGGGAGAGGCGCCUGAUGGAUGCGAGCCUGCGCCGCCGCACUUUGUGGCGCUUCAGGAGGCGACACCGCGCCUGAUGGCGCUGAUCCUAGCUGAUGAUCGGGUUCGGGCGCGGUACGCGGUGUGCGGGCUUGAUGCACGUCCAUAUGGUGUCGUCAUGCUUGGCGAUCGCCGGCUUGCCCCUCGAGUGCCAGAGGUGAGACGGGUCGUGUUGCCGACAACCAUGGACGGGCGGACGCUGUUGAUGGCGGUAGGCCCACGGCUGGUCAUCGGCGGCGUGCACCUGGACUCCAAGCCGCACAACGAGGCGGUGCGAGGAGAGCAAGUUGAGGUGGUCAAGGCUGCGCUUGAAGGAGCGCGUGGGGCAGCGGGUGCGAUGGCGGUCAUGGGCGACUUUAACUACCAUGUGAGUGGCGAGAGCGGCAAAGAGGUGGAUGACGCCAUGGUGAGCGGAGAGCUCGUCGACGCGUGGCGCGAGUGCAAGGUAGAUGCGGCCGGACUAACGUUUGACUGUGAGGUCAACGCGAUGCUGGCGGCAGACAAGGCGCCCAAAAAGGUGCAGCUGAGCCUGUGGCAGCUGCGGUGA